UGACGCAAUUUCAACAUGCGCAGAUACUAUUGCGGAAUCGAAAUGCCAGAACAAGCCAAGGAAACUGCAGCUGCCGCUGUGGAUUCACCUGCCACCGUACCCGUCAGUUCCCUGUCCCAGGAUUCAGGUGCCUUGGAAGAGUUGGAUUUGGAAGACAAGCCUGUUAAAGCAACGAAGAAAUCCAAGAAAGGACGCCACUCGGAAGAGGAAAUGGAAUUCAAAAAGCUUGCCCAACGUCGUAUUAACGUGGCCGGAGCACCCAAGAUGCCGCUAAACGGCUAUGUGCGUUUCAUGAACGACCGCCGGGAGGAGCUGCGACGCGAGCAGCCCCAGCGCACUGCCCUGGAGCACACCAAAAUCAUAGGGGAGGAGUGGCACCAGUUGUCGGAAGACCGCAAGAUGCCCUACAUGGAGGCAGCCGCUAAGGAAAAGGCCAUCUAUCAGGAGCAGCUGCAACUUUUUCUUAAGGAACACCCCGAAAUUUUGGCCAAGGAGCUGGCAAAGGCCAAGAAGGCAACCAAGGUAGAACCCACUCCAAAAGAAAACACCAGCGCCGCCAAGGGUAAGAAACCGAAGGCGAAAACGACGCCCGUAAAACGCCAAAGCGAGGAUCCGGACGACAUCCCAUUGGCCCAAGUCAAACGGACUCCCACACCUCCAGCUCCUGCUCCUUUAGCAGCGCCAGUUACGACACCUGCACUCAGUUCCCAGCCAGUACCACCAGCGGCCGUCAUUACUCCGCGUCCCCUUCAACCCGGAGAGAUUCCCAUCUACACAAACGAGUUCAUCGAGCACAAUCGCAGCACCGAGAACGAGCUGCGCACCCUGCGCAAGGCCAAGACUGAUCUGGAGCAGCAAAACGCGGUGCUGGAGCAGCACGUGGACAAUACUAAAGCUGGCUAUGCGAAAGUAAUGGCCGAGGUGGCCGAGCUGAAGGAGGAAAAUGUGCGGCUAGAGUCCUACCUAAGUGCCCUCCGACAAAAACUGGUGACAUCGCUGGUCGGCAUUUCGCUCCCCUCUUUUGAGUCAAGCGGCCCAAGCCUGGAGAACGUUGACAAGUACGUCCGCCAGUUGUCAUCCCUUGCCGGCCAGCCAAACAACACUGCACUCCUGAAGGCGCGGGAGGCACUGCGCAAGCUGGACACCUCCAGUCUGCUAAAGCCCUAAUCGCCACCGUUCCAGUAUAAGUCUAAGAAUACGUUUAAGAACUAUUAACCAUUUAAUUUAUGUCCUUACAUUAAUGUGUUUGUAUCAGAUUAAACCCGCACUC